ACUAGUAGUUAAAUCGUGACACAGAUAUAAGUUAAAAUCCUCCAAUGAUACUUUCUGUUAAUCUUCUUUUACUUGUUACCAUUCUAUUAUUCUUACGUACUGACUGAUAAAUACUUAAAUAUUCUCUAUGUUCAGUUUUUCAUAGUUUUAUAUAAUAUGUCCAGAUUCAAUUAUGAAAUACUAGCAAACGGUAUUUUAGUAGAGUAUUAACUGCAUUGCUUUUUUCAUAAACUCACAAAAUUGUCUGACACAAACUAAACAAGCUUUUGUCUACUACCUGAUCGAUCAGAACUAGGGCGUUUCCCUUCUCAGAUGGGGACAACUAAAAGUUAAUUCUGCAGCAAACACCAAAAUCUCUUUGAUAUGUCAGCUGAUUCACAAGGUUCACUUAUUUGUCUCUCAGAGUUGCAAACCCUGCUUUGUUAACCCCGUCUAACGUUAAACUAUAAAAAAGUUUUGGUACCCAUUUUUCUCUUCCAACCUUUCUCCUUCUAAGGUACUGUUCCACUUUGUUAGGAACAAAAUGAGAACAAUGGUUGCCACUUUCUCAUAUCCAGCUUCUACCUACUUUGUUAGGUCUUGUUCCAUGAGAGAAAACUAUGACCAACUUAAGCAGCCAGUGAACACCGGCAUCAGAACUAAUGGGAGUUUUAGGUCGCCAAUUAAAGUUGAGACACUAGGCCAAAUACCUGCAACUACUUCCACCACUCUCGGUCAAGCUGUUACAAUUGAUGAAAAUUGUCUGCGCCAAAACAUCCCAACAAAGAAGAAAAUGGUUGAUCCUCAUCGUCAAGGGCUCAUCACUGAAGGUGGAGUUGGUUAUAGACAGACCAUUGUCAUUAGGUCCUAUGAAGUUGGAGCUGAUAAAACCGCCACGCUUGAGAGCAUCCUCAAUCUUCUUCAGGAAACAGCAUUAAACCAUGUUUGGAUGUCUGGGCUGCUGGGUGAUGGGUUUGGGGCGACACACGGAAUGGUGAGGAACGAUCUCAUUUGGGUUGUCUCAAGAAUGCAAGUUCUGAUUGAUUACUAUCCCAUCUGGGGAGAGGUAGUUGAAAUUGACACAUGGGUUGGAGCAUCAGGCAAGAAUGGAAUGCGGCGGGACUGGCUGAUAAGAAGCCAAGCCACAGGCCACAUUUUUGCACGUGCGACAAGCACGUGGGUGAUGAUGAAUCGCAAAACAAGACGUCUCUCCAAGAUGCCAGAAGAGGUGAGAGCAGAGGUUGCACCUUGGUUUAUAGAGAAGCAAGCAAUAAAGGAAGAUGCUCAAGAAAAAAUAGUCAAAUUGGAUAAAGAGGCUAAAUACAUGAAUUCUGAUUUGAAGCCCAAGAGAAGUGAUUUGGACAUGAACCAACAUGUUAAUAAUGUGAAGUAUGUAAGAUGGAUGCUAGAGACCAUCCCAGACCAAAUUCUGGAGGGGCACCAAUUAUCUAGUAUCACACUGGAGUACAGAAGGGAGUGUGGAAGCUCAGAUAUUGUUCAAUCAUUAUGUGAACCAGAAGAUGAUGAAAUACUUCAUGGUGUGGUAGAGCCAGAUUACUGCACAAAUCUUCUCAAUGGGUUAUCAUCAGAUAUUGUAAAUGGUAGUGGAGUGCUGACUUACCUUGAGCAGAGGCCAUUAAGGUAUACACACCUUCUACAAAUCAGAGGAGACAAACAAAACGACGAAAUUGUCAGAGGAAGGACAACAUGGAAGAGGAAGAUUGUUACAAUGCCAUUUUCCACUUAGACUUAGUAAGAUAUGUGGACUAGUAAGGGACAAAUGUUGCCAUAUACUCUUGUGUAAUCACCAAGAAAUUCUUGGUCUAAACGAAAACGGGAUAUGAUGGGAAAAGGACAACCAGGAAGUGCUUGGAGAAAAAAAAAAUACAUGUAACAAUUCUAGUUAAGUGUUAGUUGAGAUCUAAUUUGAUUUAUGAAAUCAAUAUAAAAUGUGAUUAGUUAGUUGUAGUAAAUUGUAGCUUUAUAUGAUAGGAUUCCAUAGGGCAUAAAUUAUGAUUUGAACUAAAAUAAAAAAAUGGAAGUAAAAGUGGAUCUUCUAAAAUAACGAAAGGCAUCUCCAUAUUGAAAAAGCAACAUUAGGAGUGACUUCAUCAGUAAACAUGAAACAAUGGAGGAUAACCCCACAUAAUCAUGUCAAAAGCACCCUUACAACAUUUUUUUCCUCUUAUUUUUUAAUAGCCUCCUCCAAUGUACGCAUUAUUACGUUAACACCAACAUGCUUCGGUGCAUGCAAUAUUACGUAACCAUUGAAGCAAUUCUUUAUACCCGUGAUUCAUUUUAAUCUCUGCACGAUUAAAGUAAAACGAUUUUGUGUCUCUUUUCUGAGAAAAUAGUUUUAAAUUACAUAUAUGUAUACAAAAAGAAUAAGGAUUAAGUGAAAUAU